AGCGCCGUUGUGGAUAGCACCUGGUCCAGACCAGUUCAGCCUCUUGAUAGACCAGCACAAUGAGACACCUGACGGCCCUGGCGAUUCUCGCUCUUUCUGCCCUGGCUUUGACUGAGGCGGCUGUUUACAUAGGAGGCGGUUGCUACGACUGUAAUCCUCCCGGAGGCCAGGGACCAGGAGUCUACACAGGUGUCAACGGUGGGCGAGGAGGAGGAGGUGGAAACUACUACAACAAUGGAGGAGGAGGCGGAGGAGGUGGCCGCCGUCCAGUUUAUUCGGGCAACUUUGGCCCCGGUUACAGCAACGGAGGAGGCGGUGGAGGAGGUCGCGGAGGCGGUGGUGGUUACGGAGGUGGUUACGAUGAUGACGGUCUAACGCAGAUUAUAAGCGGUUGAGAGUAUAAUCUGGAGGCUUUGCUACCGCUAAGCCCCGCAAAUGAGCGAAAGCCGGCUGAUAUUUAGAUUGUAUAUAGAGUAAAAUAAAUAAAUAACAAACAGAUA